UUAAAAAGUUGUAAAGAUAGUUUUGUCAAAUUUGUUUUUGUUUAGUACUAGAAAAGUAAAUUUGCGAAAAGAGAAUUAUCGAUAAGAAUUGUAUAUUUUAAGUAGAUAGUAAUGAAUCAUACAGGUCCUCGUUUAAUAUAGUGCGAUCUAUAAAAAGUAUGAGACACGGCGUGGAAUUAACCUUCAAAAACAAUGUAAAUCUUUAUGACUUUUCCAAAACGGGAUUUUUACAGCUAAGUGAUACAAUAAAAACCGAGUUUUCUUAAUACUAUGUGGGAAGAUCAAUCCAUGGGAUCUCAAACAUUGGAAAUAUUCAGACAAGGUGUCUGGGCUUCAAUCACAGGAGGCUGGUUUUUUGACCCUAGUCAAAAUGUGUUUUGCAACACAUUUCAUCUCUAUGUAUGGCUGUUCUUAUUGGGUCUUCCUUUUAGUUUUUACGUGUAUUUUCCACCUAAUAAAUAUAUAUGGUACAUCUACUGUGGAUUAGUAGCAAUAGUGCUAGGAGCUAUCAAAUUAGGAAACUAUUUUUUACAUUAUGUUUAUGAUACAAGGGAAUGUAUUCAUGAAGUGAUAGAUAACAAAGAAAGAGAGGAUGAGGGAAUCGAACUUCAGGAUAUGUCAAAUAAAGGCCCAAGAGUACUCCGUGUUGGAAAGCUUUCUAUAUUAACAAGAGACGAUGAUGAAAUUGAUAUUCAAGAAUUAUCAAAAAAUGGAACUAAAUUAAUUCAUUUGGGUGAUAUUGAAAUUGUUGCUGGUCCUGACGAGCCUGUUGAGCUAAAAGAACUUUGGCCAAAAACCGUAGAACAAGCUGGUGGUUUAAAUACGUUAAUAUCCCAAGCAAGAGUGCUUCACAGUAUCGAAAGCUUAGAAUCUUCAGAUUUUCCGGCAUUGGACGGCAUAGAAGUACCACCCGCGAGUACGAUAGAUUUAAAAGCAGAAGUCCAUAGAAAAAAUUCCUCUGAAAGCAGUGAUGAUUCAGAAGGGCAUACGGCUCAGGCUUCGAUCGAUGUUGAAGCGCAGGCACCAAAAACCUCGAAACACCGGAGGAGCGAAAAGAAAUCGAAACACCAAAGACCAAAAACAGACGAUUUUGUAACAAUAAAUGUUUUCAAUGAUGAUAAGGACGUCUCUUUGGAAAAACUCUAUCCUCAAGGAAGGCAGCGGGCUCUUUUUGAUAAAAUCCUAGCAAACAAACUGUUUGGGAAUUCCGACCUGCAAGUCUCAGAUUCGGGACUUCUAAUCGGUCAGAGGCCCUCAUUGCAGAGUGUAGAAUCGGAGCAAGGUUCUUCUACUAACGUGGGAACCAGCGAUAGGAGACACUCCAACUUUACCAAUAGUAGUUUGAAUUUUUUACCUACAGCCACACAGUCAGAAAUAAAAGCAACUGGAAGUUUAGAAUUAGGUUACAUUGACAAGAAUCCUAACCAGGCGCUCACAUCGGAAGGGUUCUACUUCAAACCGAAAAGCAAAGAUGGCGUUAGACGUUUCCGUUCAACGGCCUUGGAAACAUGUUGCCCCCCGCCUGUCAUUCCCGCUAACACCAACAGUUUGGAGGUGAUAGGAUGUAAAAAUAACAACAAUAAUCUUUUACCGCCGCCCAGCACAAGUUUGACAAGAAAUCAACAUUUGAAUUUAUGUCCCUAUUAUGGUUCCGAAAUUGUUUAUCCCAUUGCCGAACAAUCAGAUGAGCAUCAGACAUCUCAUGGACCCGACACUGAUAUUGAAUCAAUAUCUCAUGUCUCUGAUUCAGAUUUGGAAGAAAAUAAUAGAGGCAGCAACUCGCCUCUGCUCUUCGUCAAAAUGAAGAAGAUGAAACACGUCGUGCCUUACAAUGCCGAUACCAAACCGGACAGUUACGCCCACCCCAAACCGGAAAGCGCCAACACCACCUCGAAAGAGGCCCUGAUCGACCCCGAAAACUCCAAUUCCAGCGUGACGGAGAACGCGCACGAGGCCCACUGCGACUACGCCACCGAUAACGACGUCAGCGACAAGAAGUUCAGCGAGUGCUCGAACCUGUCCUGUUCCAGCGACGAUUUCCAGGAGAGCAUGAAGGUGAAACUGGAGGAGCUGCAGACGGUGAUGGUGGGGGACGAGAGGGAGAAUUGCGAGGCUGUGGAGGUGGAGGCUGCGGAAGGGGCGACUGGGAGCACGGUGUAUGACGUGACGGAUAAUGUGUUAUCGCCGAACGCGGCGGAUUUCGAUACGCCUGUUUCUGAAGAAUUUAGUUCGAAACCGAACAUAAUAAGAAAGAAAAAUGUCAAAAAACACAAGAGACAUAAAGGAAAUGUAAGGGGAUCUAGACCGAACAACUGUUGUAGUUUAGUUGAACUGGAUUUGGAUUGGUUGUUUGAAGAAGAAAAUAUCGGAAUAAACAAGCUACCGCACAGGAAGGAGCCGCUAAAGAAAGAGAGCGAAUGGUUUAGUACAACGACGGUCUCUCUAGAGCAGGACGUCAGUAAAGUAUUACAGGAAACUGUACCUGCAGUUAGGAGUUUAGGAGCCAUACCGAAAAAAAGUUAUUAUCAAAAAGAUUCGGAGAGAAAGACACCAAAAAGCGAGUCAGAGAAAUGUAGAUCUUGCAGCAGAUGUAAAUCUGACAGUGAUAGAGGAAAAUCUAUGAAAGAAAACAAAGUGACUCAAACUUGUCGACUAAAAGAGAGUCCUAGUUCUAGUUUGGAAGGUUUGGAUAUGGCCGUUGAAUCUCCUGGCAAAAGAGAGAAAAGUAACACUCCAAAAAGAGUUAUAUCGAAACAACAACAAAGCAGAUGUGAGGAGGCAUCGUCGAGCGGGUCGAAUACCGAACUUAGUACUCUCAUACCUCCGGCGCAGCCACUGCUUUCAGCGUUUCUUAAGUCGAGGAGGGACGUGUUGACCACCAAUUGGGUCUCUGAAUCGUCUCCAAGAUCAACACAACGGAAUCGACUACGGCGAGCAAGGACCAGUGUGAAAAGGUCCAACACGGGUAAAAGGGAGAACGCUAUUGCACAAACUCUGUGUUCCAUACAAGGUGCCUAUAUCGCCAGAAAUUUUAACGAUACCAACGACGGAGCCGUGCACUGUUUUAAGGACGAACACGGUAACUGGAUAACCUACACGUUUGACGACAAAGAAUGGAGGUUCAUAAAAGCUGAACAGAGUAUUAAGUCUGACUCAUCGCAAUUCUGGAAUUUCAUUAAAAAUAAAAACAACAAUUGUCAGGAGCUACCUUACAAAAUGACCUGGGACGAUAAAGUUGCAUAUGAUAUGUUGGAAAUUAGCAAUCUGUUUGCGGAUUACUUUGGAAAUGUCUAUAAGUCAGGAAAGACCAGACCGCGCCAGCGUCGAUUAGGUUUAGACAAUUCUAAUGGAAAUCAAAAUAAUAACACGUGGGGUAGCACGGACAGCUUUGAAGAGAGUUCCGCAUCGACAAUAGUAGGAUCUUCCAGAGAUAAUAGCAGGCCUAGCAUAACACAGGAUAGCGUCCAGUUAAGGGACAACCCCAGAACAGAUUUCAGACAAAACUUCUACUUCUUCCGGCACGCCAACCGCUGGGACAGCCGCCGAGCUGUCACUGACGGCACAACAUCUGGCCGCGCCGCCCAAAACCGAUCCCACAUCGAAAUCCUGGAGGAUAUCACUGGCUGCGACUUCAACGGCACUCAAGUUCUCAAACUGAACAGACGUGACAGUCCCAACAGCGGCUCGGAAGCCCCACCUCGUAAAAAACAACUUAAACUGAGGAAGAUCCAGCCCCAGGACCAAAACGUCUGGACGAGGAGUUACUAUAACGUCAAAAUGAUACCGUGGAAGAUAACUUUGGAUAGGUUAGGGUUGCUGGCGUUGCUAGAUCGGAAUUUGACAGUGACCGAGACUGUCGUGGCCUUGAUUAUCGGGGUUAUGGUUUCAGUUUUAGGUGCGAUGUUGCUGUAUCUGAAUUUUUACCGCGAUAUUUUGGCAUUUAUCUUCUGUUUUAUUCUAGCCAGCUGUCAGUAUUCUUUGUUGAAGAGUGUUCAACCUGACGCGGCUUCACCUACUCACGGGUUUAACAGAGUCAUUGCGUACUCCCGUCCGAUUUAUUUUUGCAUUUUCUCAUCCCUAGUUCUUAUAUUACAUUUCAGUAUAACAGACAAGAACCAAGAAACCCUCAUCUUAGCCCGAAACUUCCUUGUCUUGUUCAUUCUAUUUUUUCCUCUAUUCUUCUCUUUGGGCUUGUUCCCUCAAAUCAACACUUUCGUCAUGUAUAUCUUGGAACAAAUCGAUAUUCACGUUUUUGGCGGUAACGCCAUGAGUAAUCUGAUUGGUUCGUUUUACUGUGUGUUCCGUUCGGUUUUGGCUGUGAUUAUUCUUAACGGACUGGCUUACGGUGGCCUGAGCGAGGAGAAGACUUCCCAGCACUUGUUGUUCUCUAUAUUUUGCGCUUGUCUGGUGCCGGCCUGCUAUCACUUGAGCAGGAGCGCUAGCGAUCCGACUCACGUGUGGAAUUUGGUGAAGAGUCAUUUGUGGUUGCCGGACUUGCACAAGAUCGAUGAAGACCGGGGGAAGGAGUGUGUUAAGAACGAGGAGAAGAUUAUUGAGGGCGACGAUAAAGUGGAAGCUGAGAAAGACACAACCACAUUAAAGGAAGACCACGUCGAUCCUCUACCCAAAAAACUCCAGUCCACCGUCAACGCCCGCCUAAAGAAUGACGUCAUCCUCUGUACCGUGGUAGCCAUUCUUGUAUUCGCCCUGCACGCUAGUACUGUUUUCACCGUGCUGCAACCGGAACUGUGUCCGGUACUGUGGUCGAUAGCCGCUUGUAUGGGCUUCGUACUUCACUACGUCAUACCGCAGCUCAGAAAACAGCUGCCCUGGAUGUGCAUCGCCAGACCGAUAUUCCGAAGCUACGAGUACACCCAGUAUCAGAUCAGAGGAGCGGCUAAGAUUAUGUGGUUCGAAAGGGUGUAUGUCUAUCUUUGUUUUUUUGAACGGAACAUUCUUUAUCCUUUACUAGUACUGUCGGUACUGACGGAAGAUUCUCCAAAGAUAGCUGAUAAAUAUGGAACCUUCUUAGGUUCUUGUAUUGUGGUAGUUUGCGGUCUGAAAUUCUUACGCAAUAGUUACUCGGACCAGAAUUGUCAGUACUUGAUAGUGACGUUCACUGCCUUAAUAUCCAAAUUCGACUAUCAGCAAUUAGAAGAAACUUUUUUAGUCUCCUAUUUUAUAAUAAGUAUCGCCUAUUAUAAAAUUCACGAGCUUUUAUUAAAGGUUCAAUUUGUGAUAACUUACAUAGCGCCGUGGCAAAUCACUUGGGGAUCGGCGUUUCACGCCUUUGCCCAACCGUUCUCUGUUCCUCAUUCCGCCAUGUUGUUUACUCAAGCUAUCCUGUCCGCUGCCUUUUCCACACCUCUCAGUCCAUUUCUAGGAAGCGCUAUAUUUUUUACUUCCUACGUGAGGCCAGUGAAAUUUUGGGAGAGAGAUUAUAAUACAAGAAGGGUCGAUCACAGUAAUACACCAUUAUCAUCACACUUGGACAGAAACUUGGGAGCUGAUGAUAAUAAUUUGAAUUCUAUAUUUUACGAACAUUUAACCAGAUCAUUACAACAUUCUCUAUGUGGUGAUUUAGCUAUGGGCAGGUGGGGUCCAGUAAAUCAAGGAGAUGUUUUCGUUAUGGCAUCCGAUUACCUCAACUGUUUGGUCCAUAUAAUAGAAAUGGGCAAUGGUUUGGUUACAUUUCAAAUGAGAGGCUUAGAAUUCCGUGGUACUUAUUGUCAGCAGAGGGAAGUCGAAGCUAUCACUGAAGGUGUUGAAGAAAACGAUGGCUGCUGUUGCUGUGAUACCGGCCAUCUUCCCAACAUGCUCAGCAUAAACGCUGCGUUUAGCCAGAGGUGGUUAGCCUGGGAAGUUACGGCUGCCAAAUACAUUUUAGAAGGUUACAGCAUAUCAGACAAUAGCGUGGUCUCGAUGCUGCAAGUUUUUGAGUUUAGAAAAGUUCUAAUUUCCUAUUACGUUAAGAGUAUAAUUUUUUAUACAAUUCGAUCUCCUAAAUUAGAAGACUGGUUGAAUUCGGAGGUGAUCAACAAAACGCUUCGGAUCAUUUGGAGACCCGAUUUUGUUGAUUUGGAUCCGUUUUUUAAUUAUAACAUUGACGAAGACUAUGACAUUCCGCGCGAUGGGAUGACCAAAGCGAUGUUUUUCCAUGUGCAUGGUGACUGGAUAAAUCACUGCUUAGAGAGGAGAGGAAACCAUUCCAAAAAACAACGAGUAAUUUUACUGUGUUUUGCUUUAAGUUUAUUAGGUCGACGGGCAUUGGGGGCUGUAUCUCACAAUAUGGUGUCUAGUGUCGAGUUUUUCUUAUAUGGUUUACACGCUUUGUUUAAAGGUGAUUUUCGUAUUACUUGCCCACGUGAUGAGUGGGUAUUCACCGACAUGGACCUGUUAAAAACGGUGGUAGCGCCCGCAGUGCGAAUGUCCUUGAAGUUGCAUCAAGAUCACUUCAUGUCUCCAGAGGAGUACGAAAUUCUUCCGACGUUGUACGAUGCCAUUUGCAGGCACGAGAAAGAAUUGGUGAUUAGCCACGAAGGAGAUCCUGCAUGGAGGAAUGCCGUGUUAAGUGGGACGCCUAGUUUAUUGGCGUUAAGGCACGUUUUCGAUGAAGGCAGUGACGAGUACAAAAUAAUUAUGUUGAACAAAAGGUACCUGAGUUUUCGCGUGAUAAAAAUCAACAAGGAAUGCGUUAGAGGAUUGUGGGCUGGCCAACAGCAAGAAUUAGUUUAUUUAAGAAAUAGGAAUCCGGAAAGAGGAAGUAUUCAAAAUGCUAAACAGGCUCUAAGGAAUAUAAUUAAUUCUUCAUGCGACCAACCUAUCGGGUAUCCGAUUUAUGUGUCACCAUUAACGACCAGUUACGCAGAAACGAACGAUCAAUACUGUUCGUUGAUUGGUGGAUCAGUUAGCUUGAAGAAGAUCAAAAAUUAUGUGUUUGAUUUGUUUAGAAGAAUACGCAAACGAUGUGGGGAAGGUUGUUCAAGUGGAGCCUCAAAUAGAGAAGAAAUAAGCAUGGGCCAUGAAGGGGUAUACGCUAUGACACCUAUGACAUUUCCAGCUGCACCUAGACGAUCUACGGACAGUUUUAGAUCGGCUGGGAGCAUAGGAAGGGGAUCAAGCCUUAGCAGGGGAUCUCUAGGCGGUAAUCGUGGCAGCUUAGUUUCUGUCGGCAAACCCACGAGUUCGACCUUGGUAAGUCUUACAGGAUUGUUCAAAGAGAAAGACGAACGCACUAGCGAUACCCAGAGCCAAAACAAGAACUCGACUGAGGAUAAGCCUGCUGAACAAAAAGACUCUACAGAUAGUACAGAAAAUGUUGAAAGUGAAUUUGUCGCUUCACGAGUUAAGAUAUUGGAUCCAAAUUUAGUUUAUGACUGCAUUAAUUUGGGCCGAAGGAUAGAUGUGUCAUGGCCGACUGAGUAUAUGCGAUGUCGCGGUGGUCGUUCCUAUUGGAAGGAUUGGGUGCCUAAAACGGGCAUGGAAGGACCGGUUGUUCAUAAGUGGACGCCUUGCCAUAGAGAUCCCAACAAGCGGUCUCACGUAGAUAGAACAAUUUUAUUAGUUCAAAUCGAUGACAAAUACGUUCCUAUUGCAGAAAGUGGAGUACAAGAUUUGGGCCCAGAAGUAUAGCAAAAGGGGAAUUUAGGAUUUUUUCUAUUGGCGGCAUAUGAUGAAACUGGACGAAAGACUUGUCAAGUUCUUGAUAUUAUAGAGCCGAGUCCAUUCCUCUCGGACGAUAUGGUUUAAAUAUCAGAUCAAACCGAAUAAGUUCUUUCCGAAACCUUUAUACAGGGUGUUUACUAUCAAACUGUUUAUUUGCCUUAUUGUACUUCCAAUUUAUAAAAAUAAGGCACGAACCUUUAGAGCUAUUCAUUCCUUUUAAAUAAGAGAAUGUCCAGUGACAUCCGUUUUGUACUUUAUAUCUUUUACAUUCCAUUAUUUAUUUGUAUAUAUGCACCACGUGUGACUUUUUUUAAAAUGCGGUGUAGAAGGCACUAAACUAUAUACAUAAUGUUCUUAAGGAUGUCAUUUUUGGACGGUAUGGCACUUAUAUAUGGAAAAAUAUUUAAUAAAAGGCUCUAAUCUUGAAAUUUACAUUAAAGUGAAUACAUAAAAACACUUUAGUUAAUAAACAAAUCAAAUAUUAUUUAAAUAAUACUUAUACAGGAAUAAGUAAUUUUUACAAUUGUAUUUAUAUUGAGUCAUUUUACUUAGAGGCAGUUUAGAUUUGUCCUGUACAGAAUAAUAUUCAGUGAGAUAUAUUAUACAGAUAUACGAUUCCAGUAGACGUCAGACAUAUAAGUUGAAGUACACAACUUAAGAUUUUUUGUGGAUUUCCUUUUAUACAGUGCUGGCAACUAUUACUUUUGGGUCGGAACUUACCUGUGUGGAAGGAAAUCGCAUAGGGAUCUUAUUAAGUAGG